AUGGAGCCAGAUAGAAGUCUGCGUCUUUGUAUUCCAGAUAGAGACUUUCAUCCUGGUGAUUGCACUGCAGAAGAGAUUCUUGACGCCAUCAACAACAGCUGGAAGACUGUCAUCUACCUGUCUGAGACCUUCCUGGAAGAUGAGCUCUGUUCCUUCACGCUCUCCUCGACAGUCUAUGCUAGCACGAACCUCAUGUCCAACAGGCUGAUCAUUCUGUACUCCGAUGACAUCUUCGAUCAUCCGUUGCCACGAAUCUUGACUCAGCUCCUGGAUAGGGAUAAUAAUUUUCCUUUGGAAACGUUUGAUGACAUUGAGCAAUGGGAUCAGUUGUGUUUGAUGGUUCUGUUGGAUCUGAGAUCGAUUGCCCCGAAUGUCCCGUGCUGUAAAGAUAUAAGUGCAAAAGAAUGCCAAUAG